AUGGCCGACCGGAGCGGCGACCGCCCGGCGCAGGGAACGACGCGCGGAGACAAUGGCGCAGGCCCCGCGGGUGGCGAUAAGGGGCUCAUUCCGCGGUCGAAUAAGGAGUACCUCAAUAUCGAGUACUGGGACAAGCGGUUUGAAGUGGAGGAGUCGUUUGAGUGGUGCGGGGACUACUCGCAGUUCAAUCACCUGCUGCUCGCACACAUCCGCCCCUGUGACCGGGUGCUGAUACUGGGCAACGGCACGUCAGACUUGCCGGAAUGCCUGUGGAGGGAUGGACGCCGCCACAUCACUGCCACCGACCUCUCUGCCCUCGUCGUCCACCGCAUGGCACUGCGCAGCACCGCUCUGGGAAGCGCCGCUGUGUGUGCUGCUGCCCCUGCUGCAGUGCCUGCAACAGCCGCCAAUACAGCCCCGGAUGGUGCUGUGGCGUGUGACACACACUUCGAGGCAGCAGCGCACACAGCGACUGGGGAGGCCUCUGAAGGAACACAGCCAUCGCAGCACCAACACCAGCAGCAGCAGCCUUCCUCGUCGCCUGCCACCCACGUGGGUGCCAUAACAGUGGGCAGAGAGGGGCAGGCGCAGAACCCAUGUACUGGUCUCACUGGCAGCACCGCUGCUGACAGCAGCAGUGGCGGUGGGCCAUGCAGCAGCACCAACAGCAGCAGCAGCAGCAGCAGCGGCGGCGGUGGCUACGGCAGCAGCAGCAGCAACGUUGGAGGAGUGGUGUGUGGGUGUGGCAGGGCGGCGGGCAUCACAUGGGCAGUGGCGGACAUGAUGGCUCUGCCCUUCCCCGAUGCUGCCUUUGAUGUCGUGCUUGAGAAGGGCGUGCUGGACGUGCUAUUGGUGGACAGCGAGUCCCCCUGGCACGUGCCGCCGCCCAUCGUGCACCGCGUGCACACAGCGCUCUCCCAGGCCCACCGCGUGCUCACCCCGCACGGCCGCCUGCUCUCCAUCACCUUCGGCCAGCCUCACUUCCGUCGGCCCCUCUAUGAGGCCCCUCACCUCACAUGGACGCUGCAGGGGUGUUAUCGAAACGAAAGUUGCGCGCCGAGCCUCACGACCCCGCCCUUCUCUCCACCCGAACCACUCAGCUCCUUUGAUUCCACUGACACGGUAUUUCCCGAUCACUCGCUUCCGUCGCGAGCUAUGGCUGCUCGCCCCCUCGCCGCCCUCCGACUCUCCUACCCCUUCACCCCCAUCCGCAUUCCGUCCCCAAUCCCGCUCAUUCGCCGAUCCGCGUCCGCCUGCGCGCUCCUCCGUGCGGCACCGCGCUGCUACCACUCGCGCAGCAUCCGCGGAUCCCCAACGUGCGCGCAUCUUCCGUCGUCCGCGGCGUAUCCCCUCUCCUCGUCUCUUUCACGCCCAAUUCCGCCAGCCCAGCGCGCCUCCCUCACAGGGGAAGCCGCACGAGGCGGAUACCUGACACGCGCAGCGAUUGCUCACGGCUGCCCGGCCGAUCGCCGCCUCCGCAGCGGGGUGACGCGCGCAGCAAGCGCAAUGGCGGAGGCUGGGGGGCUAAUGGCGGGAGGAGGCGGGGAGCAGAGCAUUGGAGCGCGCAAUGGCAGCAGCGCGUGGGGCGGCGGCGCGAGCAGAGUGCAAGUGCGGCGGUUGGGCGAGAACCCCACGGAAAUCAUUGAUCUCCCCGCCGAGACGCGCUUCCGCGCGUCGCCAGCAGCAGACGGCGCAGCGGCAGCAGCCGCGGAUGGAAUCGCCGUGGAAAUCCGCAGCAGCAUCGUAGGUGCUUCUUCCGCGGGGGUUCCCCCGCCCGCAGUGCUAGUCGUGCCUGGAAAUCCGGGCGUGUGCGCGUAUUACACGGACUUUGCGCUCGCGCUGCACUCCGCGCUUGGCGGAGCUGCGCGCGUGGUGGUGGUGGGACACGUGGCGCACACGGAGCGGGAGAUGGAGGGCGGGCGUCUGUACUCGUUACAGCACCAGAUCCAGCACAAGAUAAGGUUCAUCCAGGAAGAAGCGGGAAUCGUUGCAUCAGGAAACGAAGCGGACGAAACCGCGUACCAGCAACAACAACAACAGCAGUCACCACAGCAGCAGCAGCAGCAGCAGCAGCAGCAGCGGUGGGUAGUGGUGGGGCAUUCAAUCGGCGCGCAUAUAGCAGUAGAGAUGCGCAGGCACCUACCCUCCCACGUGGUGCACGUGGUGGGGCUCUUCCCCUUCCUCGCGUUCAACCACCAAUCAGACGAGCAGCGGCGCCUGAAGCUGAUCGCAUCGCUGACGCCGCUGCUGGCGGUGGUGGCGGCGCUGCUGCAGGUGGUGCGCGUGCUGCCGGCAGGGGUGUUGCGGUGGGUGGUGCGGCGCGGCGUGGGGAAGGCGUGGAGCCAUGGCGCCGUGCAUGUCACUGCCACUGCCAUGCUCCGGUACAACAUGCUGCGCAACUAUGCCUACAUGGGACACACCGAGUUCAUCUAUUUUUCGCAGCGGGAGUUUGACUGGGCGUUUCUGAGCAGCAACGCGCCGCACUUCACCUUCAUCUUUGGCCGUGACGACCACUGGGGCCCUCUACACCUGCACCAGCAGAUGCAGGAGCGAGUGCCGGAGGUGGCAGCAUACGUGGAUGAGGAAGGCCAUGAGCACACCUUCUGCUGCACUGACAGGGGUGCCAGCAGCAUCGCAACGUAUGUCGCCAAGCUGUUGCGCUCGCACGGCGCUAUCCCUGCUACAUAG